UGCGUUGUAAAUGGGCUGAGAGAAAAGCUUUUUAAAAAGAAGAGACAGAGAGAUAAAGUUACUCACAGAAAGGGGGAAUGACUUCUGUGAGAGACAGACUUUACCACACACAGAGAGAGAGAGUUCGCCACGGGAAUUCUCGGUUGCUAAGUCCCGCACAGCGGCUGUAACUCGGUAACCUAAAGGUCGCUUAAACACACUGGAGAUGGAUUUAUUAUCGAGCUUUUUCUGCUUGUGACGCUGUGAGUCCAACCGACUGUUUAACCUCCGCGAGCUCGAGCUCAGUGACCGCCUUCCUGUCUGGAGCUCGAGACGCGCCGCACGCGCAAGUUGUCUCAACGCAAUUCGACACACGCGCGCUCCAAAUUAACUACAGUCGUCAAGAAUGUCCUCAAAGAGAAGCCCCGAGGUGUCCUCAAUGAUGAACACGGGGUUAUGUGUGAGGAACGGCCCGGGACUGCAGGAAUGGACAGACGGGUCCAGAUAUGACGGAGACUUCAUAAAUGGACUAAAACACGGAAACGGAACUUUCACCUGGCCUAACGGAGAGUGCUAUAAAGGCUCCUUCUACAAGGAUUACCGCCAUGGCAGAGGAACCUACUUCUGGCCGGAUGGCUCUCAGUUCGUGGGAAAGUUUUAUCUGAAUUGUAAAGAGGGAUAUGGCAUACAUCUUUUCUUUGAUGGAACCGUUUUUAAGGGUCUGUACCAUGCGAACGAGCGUUUCGGACCUGGAGUGAUGUCUUAUCCUGAUGGUUGCCAGGAUGUGGGUCUGUGGCACUGCAAGUGGCUAUUGCGACUCUGCACCACUGUUAAGGGAGGCUUCACUUUAAUGGACUUCCCAGAACACAUGGCCCGACUCCCACAGCAACACCUUACACAGAUCCAGUCUCUGCCUUCCUUCACAAUGGAGUCUUGUACAGAAAAUCAGCAUUUCUUCACAGUUGACACGUAUCUGCUGGGCGACUCCUCUUGUCUGGAGAAGGGACAAUUCAUUCUUCCCCCAGGCAUUGAGAACUACUCCACUGAUUCAGACCACCUGCCUAUACCCCAGUGCCUGCGUCAAGAACUCGACUUGCACUUCUUUAACAGAAGCGAUAUCAGCAUGCCUUUGUUCUUUAAUGCACUACCUCUUCAGCAGAGAAUGAAGGCUCACAUCCACACACACAGAUUUGAGGUUGAAGAGUUGGACUGGGAUGUUGCCGUUGUCCUCGCUAUGAACCGAGAUCACUUUGGACCCAAGGGCCCCCUGGAGGUCGAGGCAGAAAGGCUCAUUAGAGAGGCAUCGCUUGGUAACCUCCAGAAUGUCCAGAGCAUCCUCAGAGGUGGAAAAGUUCACCCGAAUGUAGGUGAUGUGAGUGGACAUACUGCACUCAUCGCAGCUACGGUCAGUUGUCAUGAUGAUGUGAUCGACUUGCUGCUGGACAGUGGGGCCGAUGUGAAUAAGCUGAAUAAUGAAGGGAUGUCUGCUCUGGCUGUGUGCAGUGUCCUUUACUACCCAUUCCAUUCUCUACAAGAGACAGUGGCUGAAAAGACUUCUCACGAUGUCAUCACAGAACCAGAGGUGAUCAUCAAGUCCCGAACCCUGGAUAACAGCCCACAGGGGUCUGCUGCUGAAAAUAGGCCAAAAGAUGAAGUUGAUACAGAACUGACAGUCACAGACAGCCAAACGGACCAGGUGAAGCCUGAAGAAUGCAGCACAGCUCAGGAGUCCGAAACUCCUGAACACACUGAGGAAAUUAAAACCCCCAGUAAAGGUGAAGAGGUUCCUCAGCAGGCACAAAACGAGCAGGGCAGGGUGGUAGAGGCUGAACAGUUAGAGGAAUCAGAGCCACUGAAUGAAAGAAUCCCAGGAGACAUUUCUGCUUGGUACCAAGCUGAUAAUGAGGGUGAAAAUAUCCUUUCCACUGAGAAAGAAGAAAAAAGCUACAGAAAUAGGAGCCCAGGAAAAGACCCUGGUUUUGACUUGGCUAGUUCCAGCUUCCACAUCGACAUCACAGAGGACACACAGCAGACGACUGAGGUUCGGCGUGAAACUGGUCAGGUGUCAACUGCGGAAACCCAGGAGACAGUCCACAGGCUGGCACUCAUGAAAAUUCAAAACGAGACCCGCUGGGCCACCAUGAAGCUACUGCUGGAACGAGGAGCGGAUCCAAAUGUAUCCAGCAUUCCUAUGCCUGUCAUUUUUCUGGCCAUAAAAGCAGGCCACGUCGAAGCUGUGCAGAGACUGCUGGAGCGCGGCGCUCGCACAGACCUGCAUUUAACAGCUGAGCAAAAGGGUCUGUACCCGCUCCAUGUAGCAGCUGGACUAACUGGCCCAGAGGGUCCUAAGAUCACAGGGCUGCUGUUGCGUGCUGUUGCAGACCCUGAUGUAAAAGCACAGGACGCCAAUGAAGUGUAUGAUCUGGACAAGACCUUAAAGAAGAAGCAGGUGGGUGGUAGAAACAUGUCCCUUGGUUCUGAACCCCCAUCCUGCAUUUAUACACCCUCCAUAGAGGCAUCUAAGGAAGGAGGAAGGACUCCACUUCACAUAGCCUGCCAAAGAGACACGGAUUAUGUAAAUGCCAGAGAUGUCGUCUCUAUUCUUCUUUCUCACAAAGCAAGCACCGACCAUCUGUGGAGCGGCCAUUCCCCCCUCUCCCUGGCCAUCGCCAGUGGCAAUGACCUUGCUGUGGAUGAGCUUCUGGCUGCUGGAGCUGAUCCUAACCUGCCUCUCUCCUGCCAAGUGGGCAGUGCGCUGUGUGCUGCUGCCAACAUCUACUACAAUUCUGGGCUUCACCUGCGUAACAGAAUCAAACUGGUCGAGAAGCUGAUAAAGGCUGGUGCUAAUAUCCUGAUGCCUGUGGUGAUUGGCGAGGGGAGCAGGAGUGCUAUAGGAACAGUGGUGGAUUAUGCUCACUAUAUGUUUAACAAGGACUGGCGAGUUGCUCACAUCCCUUACCAUGCUCUAAAACAACAAGAGAGGGAGGCCUACAAUGCCUGCCAUCAACUCAUCACCAUGAUGGCAGAGCUGAUGAGACAGGCUGCCACCAGCAUGGAGAAGCAGUGUCUGGAAAACAAGAAGAGUCAAGGCAUAAAACACCUGAAAGGCGUUAGUUUCACAGACACGUUUGUCUUGACUAGCACAGGAGCCAUGCCCCCGGCAAACAGAACAAGAACACAUACAGCUGUAGAGGAGCAAAGAGCAUCAGUAAACAAGUCUAUGGCUCAAAAGAGGAAACCCUUGUUUAAGUACUGUUACCAGUGUGGCCGUACGGCAUGGGUGGCACUGACGCCCUGUAGCCGCUGCCAUGAAGUGUUCUAUUGCAGUAAGAUGUGUAAACUGAAGGCCUGGAAUGAACGCCAUAAGGAGGAGUGUAUCCGAGUGUCAGGAAGUGGACAUCCUGAGGGUAGUCACAUAUCUGGUGGCCAGCGGUGCCGUCGUUCAAGCAAACGCUCCAGGAAAGGCAACAACCUGAAUUUUAAGUUGGAUAAACCAAACUCAAGCAAGGCAGCACCACAGAUCACACAUCAGUACAACCCUGAAGAAAAUUACAGUUUUAAUUGACUGUGUAGGUGAAAGAAAGACUCAGCAUAACGGAAGUGGAGAGAUUUUCAUUGUUAUGAUGAAUUUUUGGAUUUUAACGAUCACCCAUUCAGGGUCCUGGUGAUCUAGGCCCCUGUUUCCAACACACCUGGCUCUAACAUUCAGUUCCUCUAAAAGUAUUGAUUAACAGGGUGAUAGAGUGUUAAUUUAUGUUGGCGUUAAACUUCAAUUAUUUCGUAUUACAUUUUGCAUUUCAUUCCUUUAUUGUAAUACUCAUCCACUGUAUCAUCAUCAGUGAUACACUCAUCAUCAGUAACUGACCAAAAAAUAUUGAUCACAUUCCCCAUGAGCUAUUGACAUUCGAACACAGUAGUACAAUUUUAUCAAAAAUGUCCUACGCUUAGAGCUACACAAUGUCUUUUUGAUGUUAUAACUCCUGGCAAGUAGAAUAAAAAGCAACCACAAGUUUAA